AUGACUGCGCUCAGGAACUCGCUACGAAAACCAGAAUCAAACUUUGUGACUUCCGACAAGUUUCUACGCAUUGUAAAUGUCACAAGAGCAGAUGCUGGGAAAUAUUCCUGCUGGAAAAGUGGAUGUGAUGGUCACAUUCAGAAGCUACUCACCAUCAACUUGUGUGUAAUUACAGUAGACGACAGUGAGGAUUCAUCUGUUUCUUGUGCUGUUACGUGUGACACGGAAUUCAGUAACAUCACACGUAACAGCACAUUAAAUGCGGAAAUAGGCACAAGGACAAUAUCAGUUUUUGUAGAUCCACAUGGGUCUUUAAAUUGCACUGCAAAGCAGAUGUUUAAAGGACACAGUGCAGUCAACAGCACUCAUGGACCGUCAGAUACAUUACACAGCACAACAGGUGUACCUACAGAGCCUGAAUAUCAGUUUCCAGUUAUUUACGGGACAUCAGUAGCCCUUGUGUGUCUUAUUUUAAUAGCACUUUUGGUAAUUUGGUACUUACGGCCAAGACUGCAGGCAGCAUUUCCUGUUCAUGUUUGUUGCUGUGGCUUGAAUGGCAGGGUCGAAGAGGAGACGCCAGUGUUUUACUCAUCCAUUGUCAUCAGGAGACCUGCUAAGACAACAAACAUUGAUACGACUUACUUUGACAGUAGUUGUGUGUAUAGUGAAAUAAAAAUAUAGACAAAAGUUACCAAAGGAAGUGAGGGGAAAUUCUCAAGCAUAAUGUUGGCCUUUUUUUUAAUUAUAAAGUUUCCUAACUGGGUGAAAUGAUCUAAGCGGCAAGUGUGAUAAAAGCUGAUUGAGCUCCCUUCACAAUAAAAAGUAAUUUAUUAAACACAUGAACAUUCUUUCCACAAUUUCCUGUUUCAAGACAAAAUAUUUAUAGGCUUUUGUUCCGAAGAAUUUUAAUGAGAAACUUAAGUUUGCCACAAAUAAUGCUUUAUGGAUAUUUUUUUUUUUACUUGUGUCUUUAGACACUGUA